UGUAGAAUUACGAGUGUAGCGUCAUGCCUGAACCCGCCAAGUCAGCGCCCAAAAAGGGCUCCAAGAAAGCCGUGACCAAAGCCGCCGGCAAGGGAGGUAAGAAGCGAAGAAAGACCAGGAAGGAGAGCUACGCCAUCUACGUGUACAAGGUCCUGAAGCAGGUGCACCCCGAUACCGGCAUCUCCUCCAAGGCCAUGGGCAUCAUGAACUCUUUCGUUAACGACAUCUUCGAGCGCAUCGCCGGUGAGGCUUCUCGCCUGGCGCAUUACAACAAGCGCUCCACCAUCACCUCCAGGGAGAUCCAGACCGCCGUCCGCCUGCUGCUCCCCGGGGAGCUGGCCAAGCACGCCGUGUCUGAGGGCACCAAGGCCGUCACCAAGUACACCAGCUCCAAGUAAUCUGCCCAUUGGCCCAAACAAACGGCUCUUUUAAGAGCCACGCACAACCUCACCAGAGAGCUGUUCUGUUAUCAGUGAUACUUUACCAUGUGCUGUGACGUCCAACACCGGAACAGUUUAAUUCUCACACAGCUAUAGAAAUAAAA